AGUAAUUGAAGGAAAUCAUGCGGAUUUUUUUGAGAUUUUUAGCAGUCCUAAUAGUAAUAAUCGCCGUCACAGGCGCGGACGCAAAUAAAGCGUGGUGGAAAAGUGCAACGUUCUACCAAAUAUAUCCGCGCUCAUUCAAAGACAGCGACGGUGAUGGCAUUGGCGAUAUAAAAGGAAUUAUGCAACAACUGCCCUAUCUGAAGGAGAUCGGAGUCGAUGCAACUUGGCUUUCGCCCAUCUUCACGUCGCCAAUGGCCGAUUUCGGUUAUGAUGUAAGCAAUUUCACGGAAAUCGAUCCAAUGUUCGGCACACUAGAAGAUUUCGAAGCAAUGCUGGCAAAGGCUAAAGAGAUUGGGGUGAAAAUAAUUUUGGACUUUGUGCCCAAUCAUACGAGUGAUGAAUGCGAGUGGUUCAUUAAAUCAGUACAGAAUGAUCCGGAGUAUAGGGACUUCUAUAUUUGGCAUCCGGGUAAAAAUAAUUCGCUUGCGCCACCAACGAACUGGAUAAGUGUUUUUCGCGGCUCCAUGUGGACGUGGAAUGAGCAACGUCAGGCCUACUAUCUGCAUCAGUUUCAUGCCAAACAACCCGAUCUUAAUUACGACAAUCCCAAAGUGCGCGAAGCCAUGAAGAACGUGCUACGUUAUUGGGUGCGUAAAGGUGUUGCCGGUUUCCGUGUUGACGCCGUGCCACAUAUCUAUGAAGUGGCUGCCGAUGCUGAUGGCAACUGGCCCGAUGAACCACGUAAUCCCAAUGUGCAGGAUGCCGAAGACUAUGAAUACCUGCAACACAUCUACACCACCAACCAGCCUGGCACACUUGAUGUUGUCUAUGAACUCCGCGAGGUGCUGAAGGAACUGGAUGAGGAACUAGGUGGCGACGAACAUGUACUCUUGAGCGAAGCUUAUGCGCCCAUCAACACCCUGAUGUUGUAUUAUGGAAAUGGCACGGCGGAUGGUGCACAAAUACCCUUUAAUUUUGAGUUAAUCAGCAAUGUGAACGAAAAUUCAACCGCCUUUGACUACUCGAACUUAAUACACAACUGGUUGGAUAACAUGCCUGCUGGAGGCGUGGCGAAUUGGGUGCUUGGCAAUCAUGAUCAAUCACGCAUUGGCACACGUCUGGGAAAGGAUCGCAUGGACUUGAUCAAUAUAUUGCUGAAGACCCUACCUGGCAUUAGCGUCACAUACCAAGGAGAAGAAAUUGGCAUGACGGACGUCUGGAUUUCCUGGGAGGAAACCGUAGAUCCACAAGGUUGCCAAUCGAACCCCGACGAGUACGAACGUCUCACCCGCGACCCUGUGCGCACACCAUUCCAGUGGAAUGAUGGACACAAGGCCGGUUUCACUGAAGGUGACAAAACUUGGCUGCCGUUGGCAGAGGAUUUUAAGCUGGUUAAUGUUAAACGUGAACGCGGCAUUGCCAAUAGUCACCUAAAUAUCUACAAACAGCUGCAGCUGUUGCGUGCAACGCAGACAAUGCGCGAAGGCGACGCCGAAGUAAAAGCGAUCAGCGAAAAUGUGUUGGGCAUUAAGCGUUUUUUAAGUGGCGAGCGCACUUACGUUAUUCUGCUGAAUCUACACGACGACGUGGAGACGAUCAACUUGAAUUCUGCCUUUAGUGAGCUCACGUCUGAAUUGGAAUAUGUGUUGGUGACUGCCAAAAGCAUACGACGCAAGGGGGAUAAGGUCUAUGCAGACACCAUUGCACUGAUGCCGAAGGAAGCUAUUGUGCUCUCUACAAUCGCCUAAGUCUGAUAUUUUCUAUUUAUAUACAUAGUUUAAGCUACAUACAAGAAUAUUAGCCAUUAUUUUGUUUUACACAUAGGACUGAUAAAUAAAUUUAUACUCUUUGAUACUCAAA